AUACAUUUGUGGUAUUUUCUAAAGAUAAGCUCUUUUAAUCACAAUCAGUAAUAACACAAGUUAAUUCUAGACUGAAAUUAUGUCGAAUCAGAGGAGUUCGCAUUUCGGCGCGCUCGAGCUGAAGAUAUAAAAGAUGUGCUCUCUAUGAUUCAGGAACUGGCCGACUUUGAGAAAAUGAGCAACGGUCCACAGCUAACCGAGGAUGAUCUUAGAAGAGAUGCAGGACUAACUGGUGGCCCGGAAUAUUGUGAAGUCUAUGUGCUUAUAGAUAAUGCUUUAAGCCAAGCCAUUGGCUACUCCAUUUGCUACAAGGCCUACUCCACUUGGCAGGGUCGCUACUUUUUCGUGGAGGACAUCUACGUGCGUCCAGAGCACAGAAAGCGCGGAGCCGGUAAGCGGAUCUUUCUGGAGGUUUCCGCCCGUGCCGUAGAGUUGAAAUGCCCGCGUCUUGAAUUUAAUGUGCUGGAGUGGAACCCCGCACGCAAGUUCUACGAAAGCCUUGGAGCCGUAGAUUUGACGGCCAAAGAGGGCUGGCACUACUACCGCGUUGACGAGCAGCAGCUGGCCAAAUUGGCCCAGGAUCUUACUAGGUCUUAAUUAAAAUACAUUUUAAACUUUUACUACUUUAUGGUAGAAAGAUAAAUAAUUAAUAAUACUUGACCAUAGGCCAUAUAUGCUACGAGUA